AUGAGUCGAGUCCAAGCGGAUCCGGCUGAGUGCUAUGUUGGAGUUUCAUCGGCAAUGGAACCAAUCUCGUUGCGUCACACAGCCGGCCCGGAACAUCCGAGCCAGCAGCCGCUGCUACGUGAAACCGCUAUGGUUCUUGCACAAGGUUGCCCGUCGGCUUGGGACUCCUUCACUUGCUGGCCGCCGACGGAAGCGGGAAGGGCUCUUCGCAAGCCGUGCGCGCACAUCAUCGCCUCCCUGGACAUCUCGUUGGCCGAGUCGGACGCUUCACUCGCCAAAGGCCUCUACGCCUACCGUGUGUGCGGAGAUGACGGCAACUGGCUCUGGGGAAACUGGACCAACUACACCGAGUGUCUCGGUUUGAUCAAUCAGCAGCAUCGGUCUCUGGAGUGUCCCAGAACGAGGGUGCAUCGCAACCUGAUGCUAGCCCUGGCGGUGCACGCGAUCAUGCUGGUGGUACUGUCCACCCCGCUCGCACUUCAUCCGGAUGCCCCAACACCCUUCGCGCAAACGCCCGUGCUGUGCAAGUGCGUGCUGUCUCUGAAGAUGUACGCGGCCACGGCCUCCAUCAACUGGAUGUUCGUCGAGGGACUGCUGCUGCAUUCGCGCGUCGCGGUCUCCGUGUUCCGGCAGGACGCGCCCUUCCGUCUCUACUACGCCCUCGGCUGGGGAUUGCCCCUCGUUUUCAUCCUGGCCUGGGCAUACGUGACAGAGAAGCAGCUGCACACAGCAUGCUGGGAAGGCUACGGGUCUAGCCCCAACGUGUGGAUACUCAUAGCACCACGUCUUGUAGCCAUACUGGUGAACUCCGUAUUUCUGGUGAACAUCGUAAGGAUCCUCGUGACACGAAUCAAACCCAAGGCGUCGGCACUGGAAACCACACAGUUCAGAAAAGCCAUCAAGGCCACGGCAUUACUGUUUCCUCUGCUGGGCAUCACGCACCUGCUGUUUUGCAUCAACCCACAGAACGAGACUAUGGGACUGAAGGAAGCCUACAUGAUCAUCAACGCUGUCCUCCAAUCGUCACAGGGAAUAUUCGUGUCGGUGCUCUACUGCUUCAUGGAUUCAGAGAUGUGCCGUACAUGUGUUCCCUUUGUGGAAACAUGA